UCUUCUGAACGCAGUCUACAUUAUGCAUGUUGUAAAAUCGUUUGCACGAGUCAAACCUCUUUGGUACGUUGCGAGUCACUGAUAUUAAAGUCGCUGCAGUUUCGCGACCAUUCGCGACACGAUGUUCAGCAUGCGGCGUUUUAAUUGCGAGUUCUAAGGCCAAUUGCCACUGCUGAUUAUUCAUCAUCAUUUCCGUCUAUCUUAUUAAUAAUUCGACGAUAAUUUCCGCUCAUUUAUUUUGCCCUCUUCAUAGAUUUAUUUACCAAAUUCACAAAGUAAAAACUAACCCGACAAAAUGGUGAAAUACUAUGAGAACACUACGAUUUUUCAAUUUGAUUGGACUCAAGUUGUUCGAGGAUUCUUUCAAAGGUAUCCGAAUCCACACAGCGCACAUGUUCUCAGCGAAGAUACGAUCUCAAGAGAAGUUAAAAAUGGAAAACUUUACUCCAAACGACUGUUGACGAAAACUAACAGAGUACCCAAAUGGGGUGAAAGAUUUAUCAGCAAAAAUAUUGUUAAAAUUGUGGAGGAAAGCAUCGUUGAUCCAGAAGCAAAAACUUUGACUACCUACACGAGAAAUUUGGGAUAUACAAAAGUUAUGAGCAUUGUGGAAAAAGUAGUUUAUGAAGUUUCAGAAGAAAACCCAGAAUGGACAGUAGCCAAAAGGUCGGCAUGGAUUGACAGUCAAGUAUUUGGUUUCAGCAGGGCAAUUCAAGCCUUUGGAUUAGAUCGAUUUAAGAAAAAUUGUACUAAAAUGGCAGAAGGCUUCAAUUAUGUUCUCACAAAUAUGUUUCCUCACACAACUCAAUUUAUAAAUCCGAAACUUUCUCAGAUGAGUUUCUCUAUGCAAGCAGGCCAUAGUACAGACGAUAGCGUUACAACAAAACCAAGUCUCGCGGAAGAUUUGCAACAUUCAUUACAGGGUAAAGCAGAGAAAGUGAAAGAUGCUGCCAAAAAAGGUACAGACUUAGCAAAACAAAAAGCAAGAACGAUAUAUGCGGCUUGUCAGCCAAACCAAUCAUAAAUUUACAUAUUUAUAUACGAAACGUAACAGUCGUGGAUGUAAAUAUUACUCAGCGGUGGCACUCUUCACGAAUAAUAGCGUAUAGUUAUGAUGUACUUGAGAUAAAACCACGGUAAAGCUUUUAACUCAAAAAUAUAAUUGUACAAUUAACAUAAUUUGAUGACAAUUAGGCUAAAGAGAAUUAGAAAAUUGAUAUUUGACAACUUAAAAGUUGAAACUUAAAAUUUAUAUGAUUUACUGAAUUUAAUAGCAUAAGAUCUUCAAAAUGUUGUAACUGUUAUAGACGCAAAAUUUCGCGUAUGUUAUCAUUCCUUUUAACUGCCAAAUCGUUGAUAACGUUAUCAGAUGUGAUACAUACACACUCAAAUGCGCAUUAAAUUAUUUGUUUACUUGUUCAUACGUAAAAAGAUAUUUUCUAGUUAACUCAUCAAUUCCAAUGUCUUUUCGUGUGUAAAAUAUUAAAUGGAAAAAGGCAUUUUAAUAUGUAUAUUGCAAUGCAUUAAUAUGUACAUGUGUACAGCGUUUAUUUGUGCAUGUAUGCAUCUCGUAUGUAUUCGUAUAAACUUACAAUUAUAAAGAG